AUGGAUCAACUCCCGACCACCAUCAGUUCAGACCUCACCAUGGGCAAGUCAAAGGUGCAGGAGUGCACCACUCGAGGGACCGUCCACCUGGUGAAAUGGAGACCGAAGAAAACAACUCGAGGCUUCAAAGCUUGGUGGGUGCCAGACAAACGCACCAACACAAGCAAGUCAGCUUGGUCGUCCCAGACCAAGUCUCCCACCAAGCAGCCUUCGGAUGGGUUGAUGUAUAGGUUCUCCGACGACUUUGACGGAGGCUAUGAUGACCAGGGAGACAUCAAUCCCAUGCGAAUUCCACAGGGCCUAUGGAAGAACAAGAGAAAGAAAAAGACCAUGGCAAGUCAAAGUCCAUUCACCCUCACCAAUGGUCUGAACAAGUAUCUCCAGCAGUGGAAGGUGAUGGCAGAGGAUUAUCUAGAUAUGCUGAUUGAACGGGAGGGCCCGCCUCCUGACAGGGUGUGCUGUUUGUGCGAUGGGGAUGGAGUGCAGAAGUGCCACGACUGUCUUGCCGAGCCGAUGUUCUGCACCAAGUGCUGCUGGACGCAACACGCUCGGCUGCCUUUUCACCGGAUCAGUCAAUGGAAUGGAGAUUUCUUUGAGAGGACCGCACUGACAAAGUUAGGCGUGGAGAUUCAUCUCGGGCAUGGAGGACAAUCUUGCCCGCACCACUAUUGGGACUGGGAGGACACGGAUGAUGGGGGACAAUCUGCUGCAUCCUCCAUGGCAGGAACUCUGGGUGCAUGUGAUGCCGGUGAUGCUUUCGGUGAAGGCCCACCUGCAUCAGCCUACUAUGUAUUUUCCCAAGACGUCGACGACACAGGAGCAGGUGAUGUAUUCUUAGAGGAGGAGUAUCCCCCCUAUGCAAAAGACUCGCCGGUGGUAGGAAAAACACGGAUCACGGUGGUCGAUACAUCGGGCGUUCACACCAUGUGGGUUCGCUUCUGCCAAUGCGCUGACGCCCAAACCCCAGACAAGCAGCUGUUUGAAAUUGGACUGUUCCCGGCGUUGUUCACCCGCCCAAAAACUGCGUGCACCUUUGCUUUGCUGGAUGAUUUCAUCCUGGACAACCUGGAGUGCGGGACUUCGGCAAUGAACUAUUACAGUAAAUUGAGGCGCAUCACGUCUAGCAUGUUCCCGCAUUUAGUACCAGACCAAUACCGGGAGUUGAUGAGAGUGAGCAGACAAUGGCAGCAGCUGAAGCUUCUGAAAUGGAAUGGAUUCGGUCACGAUAGGAAGGACCCAAAAGAUGAGGAGCUGGCUUUUUUCUGCCCCGCAUGUCCUCAGCCCGGCAUCAAUGUGACCUUACCAACAGAAGAUGAUGACACAAUGCCUGAGUGGCUGUAUUCACGUUCAUUGGUGAUGGAUGGUAACUUUAAAGCUGAGCAUCUGCACCCAACACACCUGGAAGACGAAGUUUGGCUCACCGACGGGCAAAGCUUCAUGGUAGCCAGAGCCAGGUACCAGGCUCAUCUCGGGCUCACCAAGGAUUCGGCACAGAGGUCCGAAUGCAACAACCAUAGGGUGGUGAACCAGGCCAAUGCAUCUCGGCACAAGCUAGAAGCCACAGGAAUAGGAGGGUGCACAUGCGCCAGAUAUGGGUGCUUUGUGCCUAAUUCAAUGGUUGAUUUUCAAAAGGGCGAAAGGAGCAGACAGAUGAACAUGGACUACACCCUGUGCAAUGCCAUGAGUCACAACACGGAUGGACUUUGCCAGGCAUUGACAUUCUAUGACGUCAAUUGCCAGUACAACAAGCACCUCUGGCAGUGGGUGGACAAGAGCCUUCAUCUCAGCCUUCCUUCGGGAAUGGACAUUAUCCCGGGGAUAGGACUGUGGCACGUUCAUGGCCACCAAGACAAGUGCUAUGUUUGGUACGCAUCCAAUUUCAUCCCAGGGGCCGCCAGAAUAGAUGGGGAGAUCAUGGAAACACUGUGGGCGCCUCUGAACAUCAUAUCUCCUUCCGCCCGGGGAAUGUUGACCCCGCACCGACAGGAAUGCCUCAAUUAUCAAAUGAACAACUGCAACUACAUGAAGAUGAUUCAGAUGGGGCUGUUCUUGUCCCAGAAAUACAAAGAGGCCAAACGAGGGGUCGCCGAAAGCACUGAGGCAUUCAACGCAUUGAACAAUGCAGCAGAUCCGGAAAUGGUUGAGCGGUGGGAAGCGCAGGAGAGAGCGGCACAAGCCUCUCAGAUAGACGAUCCAUCAGCCCUGGACAUCUAUGAUGUGCAGUUGCAAAAGGGCAAGUCUCAUAAGGAGGUUGAGGUCGACUUACUGCAGACGUCCAUCCGUCACCCGGGAGAAAGACCACAGCUAGGAGCCACCACUUGGCUUGCAUCUGGGAUCACCAUCGAGGAAGCGCAGAUCGCUCUGGCGAUGGACAUCAGGAGGAUGGGAAGACACCCUACCGAGAAUCAGGUGCUGGAGAUAGGCCAUCACCGGAUCAGGCUGCAACACUCCGUUGACGAGUUUGUUGCAACAGCAGGGAGGUAUCUCGGAGAUGACUACGAUUCUGACCAUUGUAUUCCCAACAUGGAUGUCAAGUUCCUGCGAAAUGGCAGUGGAUCCAGCGAUGAAGACACCAAUGAUGAUGGAGCACCGGGAGUCCGUCACCCGACGGCUCUAUUCAGACCCAAAAUAGUGGUCAUCCCUCUCCCGUCCAACUUGGGAAUGGAGAGAUGCAGGGAAUUGGGCGUAGCGGGCCUGAUCAGACAAGAGAUCACCCUAAGGGAGGGACAGGCAAACAACAUGCUGCACGCCAUCAGAGUGCACCUGGCCGACAAGGCAGUUCUCUUUAGGACCACAGUCCGGCCGGCCGAGUCGCAAGCCAGGACCACCCGGGCUUGGGCCCAGGUCCACUCGGUGGAACGGGUGAUCGACCUCAACAGCAUGAUCUACAAGAAAUGCAGGGCCCAGCUCCAGAAUCUCAGGGCAGACCAGCUGUUGCAAAAAUAUUGGGAGUUGGAGAAAAGCCACCUCAAAGCCACCUCUGCCGUUGCAGAUCCCAAUGCCCGCAAUGUACAAGGGGAUUCGGUUAGUGAUGACUGGAUGAAUGAAUUUUACAGGGUGCAUUGGCUUCAGACCAAGGCUCUGCGCGAUCAUUGGGCAGAAGAGUUCAUCCUCAUGGGACAUGAGAUGUGUUGGACAAUCGAUUUCCUCAUGCACAGAUCCACAACAUGGCUCGGUCGAACAUACCAGAAUGGCGACCCCACUCGGGUGGGCAACAGGUGCUAUGCACUCAGACAGGCUCAGAUGUACAAACGAUUGGCUGAGGAUGCUCAUGCCCAGUUUGUUGAGGUCAACCCAACAUUCAGUCACGACCGGUGA